AUGGAUAAAAAGAAACUUGAUUUUUACUUCACCCUCCUCGAAUCAAGCAUUUUAUGUUAUCAGCACUCUAUAACUGGACUGAUACCAUCUUCUUCGAAAAGCUCACAUGCAUGGGUUAGAGAUAACACAUAUGCUUCACUUUCUAUCUGGGGUCUAUCUCUGGUCUAUAGGAAAUUACCAGAUGUUGAUGAAGAUCGUUGUCGGAGUUAUGAGUUGGAAAAGUGUGUAGUGAAGCUGAUGCGUGGGAUACUCAUCUGCUAUAUGAAACAGUCUGAUAAAGUAGAACUAUUGAAGAAGACUCAAAAUCCUAUCCAUUCAUUACAUGCAAAGUUUGACAGUACUUCAUAUAAAACUGUUGUUGGUGAUCUUGAAUGGGGUCAUUUGCAAAUUGAUGCAAUAUCUGUCUUUCUUCUUAUUCUUGCUCAAAUGACAGCUGCUGGUUUGCGCAUUAUCUGGACUCUUGAAGAAGUAGCUUUUGUUCAGAAUCUGGUUUUCUGUAUUGAACACGCUUAUCGCAUUCCUGAUUACGGGAUAUGGGAGCGUGGAGAUAAAACCAAUCAUGGGCUUCCAGAACUUAACACGACAUCUGUUGGAAUGGCUAAGGCAGCUUUGGAGGCUCUUACAGACUUAGAUUUGUUUGGUGCUGAUGGAAGUUAUCUAUCAACAAUUCGUGUUUCUCUCGACGAAUGUGAACAGUGUAAUAUAGCUGUUAAAAGUAUGCUUCCUCGUGAGUCCAACUCCAAAGAGACCGAUGCUGGCUUGUUAAGUAUACUGACAUAUCCUGGAUUUGCUGUCACGGACGAUGAAUUAAUUGAAAGAACACGUAGCGCAAUCAUUCGGAAGCUUUUGGGGAGAUAUGGUUGUCGACGUUUUUUACGUGAUGGAUUUCGUACUGCUAGAGAAGAUGUGAACCGUCUGUAUUACGAGCCUUGGGAGCUACGUAUGUUUGAUGGUAUUGAAUGUGAAUGGCCAAUGUUUUUUGCAUGGCUUGUGAUUGAUGCAAGUUUCCGUGAAGAUUUUGACGAUGCAGAUCGAUAUAUGCAAAUGCUUCAAGAAGUCGUUAUCCCAGAGUCGUCUCAUUCGUUUACACCUUCAAACAGUAGUAGAAGUGCAAGUCGUAGACCAAGUGAAAUAACAACACAGGUUCUUAGCAGAACAUGUUGUUAUGUACCAGAAUCCUAUUCAUUACCUAUAGACGCGAUCGAUGCAGAAAUCGCUUAUCCACAUACACAAACACGUGUACCAGUCGGUGCAUUACCACAUAUAUGGGGUCAGUCAUUAUAUAUAUUGGCAAGUAUUAUUUAUGAAGGUCUUCUAUUGCCUGGAGAAAUAGACCCCCUUGGAAGACGUAUGGUUACUGAACCGAAACCAGACCUAUCAGUGCAAGUUGUACUUGUAGCUGAAGAUAACGAGAUUAAACAACAGUUAAUGGAAUAUCAAGUUGAAGUACAAACAUUUGAAGAGAUUUAUAAUGAAGCUGGAAUAAACGUUUAUCCAGCUAAAAUUCUCGGUCAACUUUAUCGACAUCUAGGUGCUUGUGAAAAACUUUCUCUAAGUGGUCGUUCAACUGGUGAAAUAGGAAUAUUUUCAACAAGUCAAUUCUAUCGAUUAGGUGAUGAAACAUUAGCUUUUCUUCCUCAGUUCUUUGAUCAUCAUGCAUUUUAUUUAAAUUUGGAUAUAGAAUUUCUGUUGGAUUGUUUUCGAACAUGUAUAGGUUAUUUAAAACAUGCAUGGACUAGUCCUGGACGCCCAUUACUUUUAUUCCCAAUAUAUCGCCGAUAUUUUCGUUCAGAUGCUAUUCCAACACCAUUAUCUUCAGCAAUUAAAAAAAUGGCUUCAGGCUAUAUGAAUGCAACACGUGUUAUACUUGGUACUCUUAGAGAUUUUGAAGAAACAUCAUGUUUAAGGCAAAUAGAUUUCAGUGAAUCUGCUCAAGCUAUACUUCAACGUGCAAAAUCAAUCACUAGCUGUACUUCACAACGUCGAAUGACUUUGAAUGUACGUACUGACAGUCUGACUGUAGAUGAAAAUCACUUCACAGUUAGUUCUGGUGAUUCUAUACUUACUGGUGGUGGUAUAUCACCAGUUGUCCCUGAAUUAGACAGUUUUGAAAGACAUACUAUGCGACGAAAAUCUAUGGCUUUAGCACAUGCUGUUUCAUUGGAUUUGUUUAAUCGUAACACAGUUGAAUGGACAAGCGACAAUCAAGGGGAGAAUAAUACCAAUAGUAGUUGGCAAGUUGAAAUGGAUGAUCCGCUAGAUGGCCAAACAGAUGAUGAUCUUACAAAUUAUCGUCUACUUCAAACACAAAAUGAAGAUUUAACAUCCAAAGCGUCACGUUUAGCAUUAAAACGCAUUAUCAAUCCGGAAAGUAACACUUCAUCUACAGUAACAUGUCAACAUGAACAAUCUUCUUCUUCUCGAUCUCAUGAACAUCAAAAAGUCGAUCCAAAUAUUACUUGUCAAACAACAGAUUCAAAUACUUGUGGAGGUCAACAAUCGCAACGUUCCCCAUCCCAUUUAGUCAGUUCAGACCAAAUCAAUCCUACGAACAGUCCAAAUUAUUCUGGUACACAUAGUCGUCGUACAUCUGAGGGAAGAUCGAGUACAUGUGGGCUGGAUUCCACAGAUUGGUUAAAUUCCUUAUCACCGGAUCAAUUAGUUAAACGAUUAAGAUGUACUGAUAAUUUAGCUGAACAAGUUGAAAUACUUGGAAGAUUACAUCAAUUAUGUGGUUUAGACUGGAAUACUGGAAUAGACCCAACACAACCAGCUACUGUUCGUUCAUUACUAAAAGAGGUCUAUGAACGAGCUACGCAAACAACAUCAUGGUUCCUACUACGUUACACAGCUGGUCUGUUAGGUAAACGUGCUGAUAGUUUGGCUAAAUCGUUAGCUGAUAUAUUAGUCUUACAAAAGCAAGUAACUGUUGGUUUACCACCAGAACCACGUGAAAAAGUUAUUGAUGCACCGCUAUCACCGGAUCAGUUAUGCGAUUUGAUACAAGAAGCGUGUGGUGAAGACAGUUUAAUGACAAUACUUACGCAAGAAAUUCUUAUUUAUUUAUCAAUGUUUGCACGUACACAACCUCAAAAACUGGAAAAUAUUUUACGCUUACGUAUUGGGCUAAUAAUCCAAAUGAUGGCUGCUGAAUUAGCUCGUGGUUUGGGUUUAACUGUUGAGGAUUCAUUGUAUGCUUUAUUCUCAAUGCGUCCAAUCGAUACGAAACGUUUACUACAUAAUCUACUCAAUGGCGAAGAUAUGCGUAUUGUUAAGACAAACCAAACUUUCCAUCGUAAAUCUACAGGGCAACCAAUUAAACUUAUAAAUACAACUCUUACAAAUCAAGAUAACUUACAGGUUACGUUAGAUACUAUUUCUGGUUCUGUAAAGAAAAGAUCCACUGCAAGUCGUCCAUUGAUUGCAUCACGUAAACAGUCUAUAGUCGCUAGUGUUACAACUGAGGCAGAAAAUGAAAAUUGUCAAACUGAUUUACGAAGCCUUUGGAGUCGUCGACGUAAAAUUGAUGGUGCAUUGAAUCGUGUCCCACCUGGAUUCUAUAAACGAGUGUAUGUCACAUUAACUCAUAUGCAAGGUUUAAGCAUUGGCAGUCUAAUACUUAGUCAUAAUUUGACAAAAGAAAUGACAAUGGAUGAACAUAAAUUUGCUUUAACUGUUGAACAUGUAUGCACAAUGGUUAGUACACCAGAAUAUCGUCAAUUAAUUAUUGAAGCAAUUCACGUACUUGGUUCAUUGAUGAUGCAUGAUGUUGACAAUCGAAUAUUUAUUGAUUGUAUCGUUAAAGUUGAAGAUAUUGUGGAGAAAGCAAAUAAUUUAUUUUUAAUUGAUCAAAUAAAGUAUGGCGGAAACGCCACAGUGUGUUGUGCAAAACCAAUGAAGCAAUCUGGAGUCACUGACUCAACGCCUAGUAAUAAUAACCAAGCACGUAGACAAAGCACUUUAACGUGCAACGGAUUACAUAAUAUUUGUCAGCGUUUCUAUGACACACCACCUGCCGGAAAAUUCGGUACAAUGUCCUAUAUGGUACGUGCCGUAUCUGAAUUACUUACGUGUAAUAAAUGUUUAAACCCAGAUAAGCCUUUACCAAUCAAUUGCAAUGUUCAAUAA